AGCAAACAGAGCUCAGAUCAGAGAAUCACAGAGCGGACUUUAACGCGCACGUUUCACCUCCUCUUCCUCCGGAUCGACUCCUCACCAUCAUGGAUUCUCCCCGGACUCCUGCGCUCCUCUCCGCAGGAUAAACUUUCCGCUUUACGCUCGUAUCAUGGGAAUAUACCGUGGAUCUAUACAGCCUUGAUGGAAACCAUGUCACCGCAGCAGGGGACCAUGGGACAGAACAGGUCCGACUCUCUGACGGGAGACAGCAAGGCGCUUCCCGACAACAAAAAGAAGAUGAAGACGUUGGCCCAGAGACGACAGUCAGCUCCAUCGCUGGUCAUCAGCAAAGCACUUACCAGAUCGAGAAGCACGUCCAGGGAAAGCUGCCUGACGCCAGUCAGCCCUGAGUCGUGUCCCCUUGUCCAGGCCUUCCUGGCCGAGUGUCCAGGCCGCCUGUUCUUGGGUCACGCCCAAACCCAGCUAAAGACGGGCCUGCAGACCCAGGAGAGACACCUCUUCCUCUUCACCGACACUCUGCUCGUCGCCAAGACCAAGUCUCCGACUCAUUUCAAAGUGAAGGCUCAAGUCCGGGUAUGUGAGAUGUGGACGGCGAACUGUAUGGAUGAGGUGUGUGAAGGAAGCACGAACCUAGAGAGGAGCUUCGUUAUGGGAUGGCCCACCUGCAACUAUGUGGGCACCUUCAGCUCCGAAGAGCACAAGGACAAGUGGUUGGCGCUCAUCAACAGUCGGAUAAAUGAGGGAAAAGAGAAGGACGACCCCAAGACCAUCCCUCUGAAGAUAUUUGCAAAGGAUAUUGGAAAUUGUGCUUAUGCCAAGACACUCGCGGUCAGCAACACUGACAGCACCACUGAUGUCAUCCGCAUGGCUCUGCUGCAGUUUGGCAUAUCAGGUUGUGUUAAAGACCACCGGUUAUGGGUGAGCUCCAGUAAGGAUGACCCUCCGUACCCUCUCAUCGGCCACGAGUUCCCCUUCAGCAUUAAGAUGAGCCACAUUCGUGAUGGGGGGAGUAAUGGUGGUGGAGGAGGAGUGGUAGGGAGGGAUCCACUCAGUCCUACAGACUGUCCAGAGGUGUUGCUGCUGGACCAGUGUCUCCCUCCAGACACCCAGUGCCAGUUUAUCCUCAAACCCAACAAGGUCGUCCCCGGACACAGUCAGCUUAUAGAGCCUGGUCAGCAGAAGUCCUUCAAGAGAAAGAGGUCUCUGAUCAACUGGCCUUUCUGGAGAGGCUCCAGCACACAGCUGGACGGCCUGCCGCUGUCCCCGUCCGUGCUGUCCCCCCCUCAGGGACGCCUGUUCGGUCGACCCCUGAGCUCCGUCUGCUCUCCGGAGGGCGGCCUACCCAAGCCUGUCAUGGACAUGCUGGUGUUUCUGUACCUGGAGGGGCCGUACACUCGAGGCGUCUUCAGGCGGUCGGCUGGAGCGAAGGCCUGCCGGGAGCUUCGAGACAGAUUGGACAGCGGAAGUGAAGACCCGGAGAUCACACACCAGUCUGUGUUCGUCAUCGCUGCCGUCCUCAAGGAUUUCCUGCGAAACAUCCCGGGCAGCAUCCUGAGUGUGGAUCUGUAUGAGCAGUGGAUGGAUGUGAUGGAGGGCGAAGCUGGGGAGGAGAAGAUGUUGGCUGUCCAGAGGUUGCUGCACCUUCUGCCCACCGAGAAUCUGCUGCUGCUGCGUCACGUCGUCGCCGUGCUGCACUGCAUUCAGGGAAACGCCCACGACAACCAGAUGAACGCCUUCAACCUGUCCGUUUGCAUUGCUCCCAGCAUGCUUUGGGCUCCGGCGCCAAGCAGCCCUGAGAUGGAAGGGGAGGCCACAAAAAAGGUAUGCGAGCUGGUUCACUUCCUCAUAGAGAACUGCAUGAGUGUCCUGGGAGACGUCACCUCACUGUUCAAAGCCUUCAGCCAAAAGAGCAGCAACAGUGACCACGGAUCAGAUGUGUCGUCCUUCCAGAUGAAUGACUCGUCCUACGACAGUCUGGAGAACGAGCUGAACGAUGACCCUGAGUCUCCCUACCAGGAGCAGUUGCCUCUUCGCGACAAAGACAAGCCAGACAGCCGCAGCCGAGACUCCGUCAUCACCCUCAGCGAUGGCGAUCCCGAUCCCGACCCGGAGACCGACCUCCUGCUGCAGCUCCCCCCUCUGGCCAGGCCCAGGAGGUUCAGUCCGGCGGUUCGACAGCCUCGAACCCGCCAAACCAACGGUUCAUCGCAGGGCCCCAGGAGGCUGAGGAGGAGCUCAGAGCCCGCCUUAGCCCUGGCCAGCACGCCGCCUUCAAGUGCAGUGACCAUUCAUGCUGAUAACUGCCACCUUCCUGUGAGGAAGGCGAGCUAUGAUGCUGCCAUGGAGGGGGAAGGUGAGGAGGAGGAUGAGGUCUUUCUGGAGCAGGGGCUCAACGGGCUGCAACUGAAGGAACAAAGAGUGGACGGCUGCGAGAAGAGAGGAACCAAAACCCAGAACGGCGAGCGGAGGAAGAUGAAGCACGCCCCUCCGCCGCCAUUGCGACUAGAUGCCAGCUGUUCCAGUCUGUCAUCACCGGCAACCUCGCCAACAGGCUCCUCCCUCAGCUCUUUAGACUCCGCCUUCUCACAGUACUCAACUGACUAUGCCACAAAUGGGGCAAUGCCAUUGACUGAAACUGCUCCUCUCUCCCCUCUUUUUCCUGGACGGCCCCAGCAGUCACCCAGAGACUCCCCUCCUCAGAGGGAGGCCCUGCCUCAGUGGCAGCCCACCCAGUCUGCUCGGACCAACCAAACCCCCUCCAACUCGCACGGACUCCACCCGAACACGUGGCUCAAGAAGGACCGGUGCCUGUCACUAAGGCAGGCUGAUGGUCGGCACACAGAGGCGGACUCGCCAGUGGUAAACGGGAAAUCACACCCAACUAGUAAUGGCUACUCUGUCGCUGCCCAGGAGUCCUUGGUGUUGAAUCCAAACUGCCAGCGGAGGUCCAGCAGCCCUCCAUCCUACCAGCAGGCUCUACUGCAGCUGCAGCGCAACCGCUCACCUUUCUACAGAGGUACAGAGAAACCUCUGACUGUUAGAGAGCUGAGGCAGCUCCAUGACCAGACCAGCACCUACAGAUCCCCGAACCAAUCCUCCCCUAACAACCCCAAACCGCAAUCUGAGGUCACUCAGAGGCUGUCUGGGGGUGAGUGUGUGCAGCCCCCACAGGGUGUUUUCUACGGACAGAGCGCCACCACUCUCGUAAUCCAGAGGCAAAAGUCCCACUCUCUAACUCCGGCCAUGGACAGCCACAAAGGGAGGAGGACUCUUCCCCGCCGAGCAUCUGAACCUGCCAAGGUCACUGCGAACUCUAACCCCUCCACUAGCCUCACCUUGGACAGACCUCGUACUUUUAAAGCAACGCCCCAAGAUGGCGGCCUGCGAGUGUCAGACGUGGAGCCCAACAACAACAAGCCGCACUACUGCCUUUCUCCCUCCGCCACUCGAGCCGUAAGAGACUACUUUUCCUCGCAGGGUCAGGAGGAUGCAGACACCUGCCUGCGGAGGAGUCAGGAGGUGGCAUUGGCGAUCGUGCAGGGAAAGAAAGAGUGGCAGAGCAGGCGGUGCAGCGACCCACGACUGGAGGACUUUGAACAGCUGUUUUUUGCAGAAGAGUCAUAUGUGUAAAUAAGAACUUUGUAUAGACCAACUGUAAAUGGGAGACUGGCUCUUAUCUGCUAUGUUCACUUGUAACCAACUUGUCUUCAUUAUUGAUGUGAUCAUAUUCCUCCAUAUACAGUUUUAUCCUGUUGCAGAUUACUGUAAUGGUACUUCUAAGGUUUAAGAUUUAAAAGGUACAGAUGCACGUCCUGGUUCAUUGGUUCAACUCUUUGUAAUCUACAUAUUAAGACAGAUAUCUGGCAGACUUAAACGUUGAGAUCAAGUGCUAUCCUGUAUCUGACAGAGACAUUGCUGUGCAGUAAAGCAGCUGGUGUCCUCAAAUUAUUUACAAAGCAGUGAUGCCGUUCCAGUAAAUUCAAGACAAGGAAGUUAAGAAACGGUUUACUUCAACAUCUGAAUCCAUAAACAGUCAUUGAAGCUACUGUCAAAAUGGGUCAGUGUUACAGCUCUCGUGCCAAAAUCUGGUUUCUCUGACAAAUCUGUUAUUUUUUUGCCGUGUCCUCGUUUUGCCUCCAGGAUGUAUUGUUCCUCUUUCAGCACGUGAUGAAAUUCUGAAGGAAGUUUGCCACAAAUUAAAAUGGAAGGACAAAGAAGCAUUUGUUUCUUGUUCUCGUAAAGCUUGCAAAAUGUUUAAAAAUAAAGUUUACCGUUCCCAAAGCUGGCAGAAAAUCAUGACGAGUGGUAGGAAAGUCAAGGCCGAGUCACAUUUUUGUAGUCAGAUUUCGAAAAAGCAAAACAUGUAAAACUGAAAGACUAUUACUGAUUAAAGUUUUCGUGUGCAGAAACAAAUGCAACCAAGGCCACAUUUUUUAAACCAUUAUGAAGCUCUCUGAGGCCAGCGAAGGUGAAAAAGCUCUAUAUAAUGUUUAUUAAUCUCCCUCUUUGUAGCUGUAAUAACAAUAUGGCCACAAUGACUGCUAUGACUUUGUGCAGAUACUAUGAAAUGCAUUUAUCUCUAUUAGAAGGAGAACUCUUAAGGACAGACGCCCUCGCUGUACAUACAUAUUUCUUAAACAACAUCUUAGACUGUCUUAACAGUGUUUGUACCUUUUAUGACCAACUGCAUCUAUAAAAUGAGCUAUUCCUUUUCCAGACAGUGUUUUUUUCUGUCUGAAUCAGUGAAUCAAUGGGGCCGGUAUUUAUUCAUAUAAGCUGAGUUUCCAGACACACAGCACACAGUGUUGUCCUCGGCAGCUCUGGUUUAUAUCUCUGUGACCUGGGAGGAAGGGAAGGCUGGACGAAGAGGAAAAUCUGUCUGUAUGUGUGUUUUAUUUUGAGAGGAAGAAAGAGAUGUUGAAUUUGAGGUGAUCAUUGACGGCGUGUCUUGAGCCAAAAUGUGAGAAACCCUGUGCCACUGAGGGAGAAAUCUCUUUUAUUGUUGCUUCUACAGCACUUCAUUAUUCUCAUUAAGAAAGUCUCACAAGGACACAGCUUGUGUGUGUGAUUGUGUAUGCGUGUGUUGAGUUAAAUGCAUAAUUUUAAAAACAGUCUCUCUAACUGUUGUAUGUUUUGUCCAUAAUAAUAUGAUCUUUUUAUUCCCGUGCUGCUGUUAUUGCAGCGUUGGUUUCUUUGGUGACACUUUGCAAGAAAUGGCCUUAUUUCACUGUUUAUUAAUGUCAUGAAAAGUAUGUAAACACACAAAGUCAGAGCAGUUUUAAUGAGUAUUAAACAGUGUUAUUACUAAUAUAACUCGGUGACAGGACAACACACUGGAAUAAGACCAUUGUCAUGUUUAGUGCUGCCAUUUUUUUUAAUGGUUUCACAAAGUACUUUAUCCUGUAUUAUUAAUAUUAUAAUUGUUAUCUUCAUUACAGUGAAUUGUGUUCAACCUGUAUAGUUCUGCAUAUUUAUGAUACAGAUAUAUAUAUAAAUAUAUAUAUAUAUAAAAUAUAUUAUCUUGUAACUUUGGUAUGUUGUGUUGUAUGAGAAAAUCAAAUGUGUAUUUUUGUACAUGCCAAUUCUGCUGCUGCUGUCUCUAUAGAAAAUAUAUUUGCUACAAAACGCACCAUUUGUAUAUUGUGUACAUCUGAUGUCCAAUACUCACGAGAACAAAAAUAUAAUUGAUUUUAAUAAAUGUUGCUCUUGUGAAACUA